AUGGCUGCUAUUCAACAAAUCUCCAAUGCUUCUGAUUUCCAAAAGCUUCUCACUACAACAGACAAGUUGGUAGUAGUCGACUUCUUUGCAACUUGGUGUCAACCAUGCAAAAUGAUCUCUCCCUUCUAUGCCCAACUCUCCACCAAGUAUCCUCAAGUAGUGUUUGCUAAAGUGGAUGUAGAUCAAGUUAAAGAAGUUGCUGCUGCCUGCAAAGUUACUUCCAUGCCCACCUUCCAAUUCUACAAGAAUGGCAGUAAAGUUGUGGAAAUGAAAGGUGCCAAUCCUCAACAGCUUGAACACUAUGUCAAGCAGCAUUCAGGUGAUGCUGCUGCCUCAUCCUCAGGUUCUGCAAAGAAGAGUGUCGGUGUUCCUGGCUUCGUUGACUUGACUGAAUUCAUCACACCUAACCAAAUGGACGCAUUGAACCAACAAGAAGAGCAUAACGUCAAGAACAUUUUCAAGGACGAUGAUACCUUUUUACAAAGUGAUGUCGAUGAACAAUUGAUCAUUAGUGUUCCUUUCAACCAACCUGUCAAGCUCCAUUCUUUGAAGUUCAAGGUGUCUAAUAUAGCCAAUGCUCCCAAGACAGUCAAGAUUUUCACAAAUAGAUCCGUACUGGGCUUCGACGAUGUUGAUUCUGUCAAGGAAACGCAAACACUUGAACUCACUCCAGAGAAUUUCGAGGAGGAUGCAGUUGUCAACUUGAAAUUUGUCAAAUAUCAAAACAUCACCCACAUCAUGUUAUUUAUUGAAGACAACCAAGAAGAUGAAGAUAAUACGCAAAUCCAACAACUUGUAUUCAUCGGCUGUCCCGUAGAGGCCACCAAUAUGAGUGAUUUCAACAAGGAACAACAAUAA